AUCCAGGCAGAUGAGUCGAGGCUUGCCUGCACUUCGACGUAGACUGUGAAGUGUUUAUGCCGUCAAAAGAGAUCUAUUACGUACUUCGGAGUACCUCGGAAAUAUGUGUACCGUGGUGUGAGAUUACAUAUAAAUGUGUUUCUGUCUAGAGGGAAGGAAAAUGUUUGUCACAAGAGCUGAGAGAAGCCUCCGCCAAGCUUAUGAAUGAAAUCUCAGAGCAGGAGCCUUGGUCUAAAUGGGUCCAGUUAUGCCUCCCAGUAAAAAGCCGGAAAGUUCCGGGGUCAGCUUCACGAGCGGCCUGAGCCAGUUCUAUCAGGCGAGCUCCAUCACGCGUGCCCUGCAGGAGGCCGAGGAGAUGGACCUGGCUCUUCCCACCAUCAAAUUGGAGAAGGGCAGCAUGGAGGACGAGGAACUCACCAACCUCAACUGGCUCCACGAGAGCAAGAACCUGCUCAACAGCUUCGGUGACCCCGUGCUGAGGAGUGUCAGCCCCGUCCAGGACUUGGACGAUGACACCCCGCCCUCUCCGGCCCAUUCGGACCUCCCUUUUGACGCCAAGCAGAACCCGAACUGCAAACCCCCUUAUUCGUUCAGUUGCCUCAUCUUCAUGGCUAUAGAAGAUGCCCCCUCCAAGAGACUGCCAGUUAAAGACAUAUACAACUGGAUCCUGGAACACUUCCCUUAUUUUGCUAGCGCCCCCACGGGGUGGAAGAACUCAGUCAGGCACAAUCUGUCCCUCAAUAAGUGUUUUAAGAAAGUGGACAAGGACAGGAGUCAGAGUAUCGGGAAGGGCUCCCUGUGGUGCAUAGACCCAGAAUACAGACAGAAUCUCAUCCAGGCGCUGAAGAAGACGCCUUAUCAUCCUUAUUCCCAGGUGUUCACCACGCCUCCCACCUCUCCUCAGGCAUAUCAAAGUAUGUCCAGUCCUCCAAUUUGGCCAGGAAGUCCCUUUUACAGAAAAAACAAGGGGGUCCUGCUACAAGUCCCUCAGGGAGUGAUCCAGAACGGAGCUCGAAUGAUGAGCCAGGGCCUCUUCCCAGGAAUCCGACCCCUUCCCAUCAACCCCAUUGUCAGCAGGACAGCCGCUGUCAGGUCAGUACUCGGAUACAGAUUAACCAGUGAUGGCGAGCCAACCCGUAACUCUCCACUGGUCAGCAUUGACCCCAAGGAGGACCAUACCUACAGUUUUGCAAAAUCUUCCAGCUCUGAUGUCGGAGAAGACGCCCACUGCGACGGAAGCGAGUUGGACGAGGCUGAUGUCGAGGAAGACGACAAGAGCAAAAUCAAGAAGGAGCCAAAAGAGUGGUCCGUGGACGCCCUCGCUCUGGCCCAGCACAAGAAACGGCAACAUUUGACAAAAGUCAAACAGAGAGUGGCCAGUGACACUCUUCCUCUCAAAAAGAGGCGCACGGAGAAGCCUCCAGAAAGUGAUGACGAGGAGAUGAAGGAGGCGGCCGGAUCUCUGCUUCAUUUGGCUGGAGUCAGGGCAUGUUUGAACAAUAUCACCAACCGGACGGCAAAGGGGCAGAAAGAGCAAAAAUAAUAAACUGACUAUUAAAAAGAGAGAGAGAAAAAAACAUCACUUUGAAUAGAAUUUACUAUUUUUUUCCAGGACAUCAGGUGAAUUCUACUGAUUUGUGGCAAUAUCAACAAUCACUUUGUUUUCUUAUCUUAAUAGGUAACAUUUUCCUGAGGGUUCCUUGUUUUGGUUAACUUUUAGUUUGUUUUAUUGUGAUUUCUGUUUGUAAUCUAUGGAGAUUGAAGCCAUAGCAUUCCCUUUUUUUAAGAUAUUCAGCAAAGCAUUUCAUUUGACUGAUAGAAAAAAAGCGAUAGUAAAAUAUGCCCUGCCCCAUUGUCAUACAGUAGAUAAAGGAAUAGCUCAUCCAAAAAUGAAAAUUCUGUCAUCAUUUACUCACCUUCAUUUCAUUUCGAAUCCAUAACACUUUCGUUUGUAACGCAAAGGAUUUUUACCCAUGAAAUUAAAAUCUGAAAGAGUUCUGUCCCUCAAUUGAAAAUCUAGUCAACCAAUGUUCAUAAAGAGAACAAAAAAUAAAUGCAUGUGAAUGAAGUGAUUUGAUCCAAGUCUUCUGAAGAGACAUGAUUUCUUUAUAUGAUGCUUUUAUUCACAUACAAACAUUGAGCGAACUAAUUUGAUCAUGGAAGCUCAAGAACCAAUGAGGUUCAUUCUGGCAUCAAGCCAAUAGAUUUGAGCUUCUUCAAGAAACAAUGAGGUUUGCACUUGGUUUUUUUUCUUCAGAAGACCUGGAUUAAACUGCUUGAUUAAUUUAGAUUUGUUUUCUUUAUGCAUGUUUUGAAGCAUGAAUAGACUUUCAAUGGGAGAGAGAUCUCUCAGAUUUAAUUAUCUUUAUUUGUGUUCCGAAGGUCUUAUAGUUUUGGAACAACAUAAGAGUGAAUAAAUGAUGACAAAAUAAAAAUUUUGGGGUGAACUAAUCUUUUAAAAACAUGACAGCAAAUUGAGUUCCCAGAGUAGUUCUCAAGUUAGUGAUAAUUAUGGGUUAUAGUAAUCUCUGCUGUAAUAUAAAAUGUUUAAGAAGCACAGGGCAGUGCCAAAGACAAUCCUCAAGCAGUUUCUGUGAUGUCACUUCCCCCUGAUGCUCUGGCCAUUAAAGAAGACCAGCAGCAUUGUGUGGAAAACACUACUGUCUGUAGUUGUCGUUUGGCUCGUAUGAAUCAUAGUUCACCGGGAUGAGAGUAAAGCCAUAAACUUUUGUCAAAAGUGCUUUUUGGAGUCAAAAAAGUGAUACAUUUAUCAAUAAGUCUCUCAAAACUGCCCCCGUUUUUUUUCUGAGCAAUCAAAUUGAGCGUUAUUUUCCAUCUAAACCGAUAGUGAAUGGUGAAACUCUUUUUUCGGCACAAUGAAAAUGAAAACUCUGAGCUAAAGCCACAAUACCUGCCAAUUGUAUUUUAAUAGCAGAAAAUAUUGACUGUGGAGUUGUUUGUGUAUGUUCAUUUGUUUUUUUUUUUUUAAACCCUCAUGAUGUAAUAAGCAAUUUCAUCCAGUCAGGAUAAACACUGUAUAAAAGUAACACUAGACCAUUUUCCUUUCUUAAUUUAAGCAAUGUAGCCAGCAGGAUUUUCCAAAUCGUGUUGCAUGGGUUCUGUAAAGAAAAAGAAAACAGUAAAAAAAAAAAAAAUCAAAGUUCAUGUAAGGUAAAUAAUGUAUUUAGCAUGGAGCAUGAAUUAUUUUCAUAUAAAUUUAGAUCCUAGAGAACUAAGGCACCGUCUCUAAAUUCUAUGCCAAUAGGCCUAGUCUCUUUCGUUGUUUUUGUCGGAUUUGAUUUCCAUUUGUCAUCCUCGUCGCCUUUGUGUUGAAGCAGGCAUCUUAACAACUACCUUCUUCAGGGACAAACACUGACUGUUGGGAAACUCUCUCUGCAAUACGAGGACUCGGGCUUGGACCAUCUCGGUCCAUGCUUGUGGCCGCCCCAAAUACUCACGAAUACCCACUACGUCAAUGUCCAUGUCGUCAAGGAGAAGUUCGUAGUGAGUGUCGGUCCCCUUCCGGCUUCGUGCCUGCUUUUCAUCCAUAUGUAAUCCCGAUGUGCGUGUCUGCAAUUUAUUCAGGGUCUUCCAUUUUGUUCCGCGAGACUUUGGAUCUACAGUUUUAUUUUUUAUUUUUCCUGUAUUUACAUGUAGCACUGUUCAGGAGUCAUCAGUAUUGAUUCAGUUGUUCUUGGUACAGGCAUUCAGAUGGUUAUUUACGACUCCAUGCAUAUAUAUAUAUUAAAGCACUUAUAGAUAAUAAAAACAAGUGAUACCA